ACAUCCGGGACGUUUGUUUACUGGCGCGCGAGAAAGUUAGUCAGUUUACAAACAGUGACUUAUCUGCUGGUCUAGGAUGUCGAAGAAGGCGAAGGGGAAAAAGCGCAAGGCGUUUGAAAAUACAACAGUGGAAAGCUUCGGUCUUACUGGUUGCGGCAGUGAGCAAGAAGAAUGCAGUGAUGAAGAUGCGAAUGCUUUGGUUAAAUGCAGACCUAGGCCUAAGAAAUGGAGAGGUAACCAGCAAUUUAGUAGGAGUAAAAGAUCCAAGCAGCUGCCUUGCACAUCAGAGAGUGGUUCAGCAGCACAAGUCGAUGCUAAAAAUUCGUUAGAAAUGUCUGAGCAAUCAUUACAAGAAGGGCGGACGAAUUGUUUCACUCAGUCGUCUGCAGCUGACUUGGUGGGAAUUUCAGGAGUUAAUGCCUGUCGUGAACCAAGGAGCCCUUCUGCUAGUAGUGGUUGUGGACGCAUUGACCAUGUGGACAUGGAAGAUGAUGGACCUGGACCUUCUCAUGCCCAGAAAUAUGAUGGUUUGGUUGAAGUUAUUGAUGUGUCUUCUGACACUGAUACAGGCAGAAGCUCACCUGAGGUUGUUGUAGUGGGAUCACGUUCACCAGACCAGAGUAUUACUCAACAGAUCAGGCAAGAUGAGGAAAUGGCGAGGAGAUUACAGGCUCGGUUUGCUCAAGAAAAUGACAUUGACCUAGAAGCAAGCUCUUCUGAUGCUGUAAUAAUGACAAAUGAAUUAGAUCCUAGCCUAUUGCCUAACUCACAUUGGGAGAUAGAGGGUAGGCUAGAUCAGAAUGAAGCAGAUGGGGACCAUCUGUAUGACACAUCGUGGCACAGAAACCACAUAGCCCACCGACUGAGAAGUCGUCCAACUGGUUCUCCACUGAAUGUUCGGUUUGCUGUUGGACUUGAGAUUCUGGCUCCUUUAGCACUGCUACGGUCUAGAUCUAUUGAAGGAGGUCGACAAAGUCGUUCAUAUGAAGUGAGUACUCAGUGGAUUUGCUUUUACUGUUUGUCUGAGUCUUGUUGGUCUGGUGAUGGAGCUGCUACCAUUUGUGGCACUACCAUUCUUUACUCUGGCACUCCCUCUUUUCAUCUUCAUGGUGUUGCCAUCCUUCUCAGCCCUCUAGCUAGGGCUGCCUGA